AUGGGCAAGCACCUGCGUGUGCAGAAGAAAAAGCAGCCACUUCACGGGUUGAACCUUCUGGAUCGUUACAACAGACUGUCAGCAUCAGCGCAGGAUCUGCUCUCCUGCCUAGGUAGAAAGGGGCCCCUGUUCGGACAGUGCCCCCUGCUUGGCGUUCGGUGCAAUCUUGGGGCUGAAACCUUAUCCUCUGCCAACGGCCCUUCCCGUGAGGGCUCCAGGCUGCUGCCCACUAGGGAAGGCCACCCUGUGUACCCUCAGCUCCGACCAGGCUACAUUCCCAUUCCUGUCCUCCAUGAAGGCUCUGAGAACCGGCAGCCACACCUCUUCCAUGCCUAUUCCCAGCCUGGGACACAGCGAUUCCGAACCGAGGCGGCCCCAGUGGCUCCUCAGAGGUCUCAGUCACCUCUACGAGGCAUGCCAGAAGCCACCCAGCCAGAUAAACAGUGUGGACAGGUGGCAGCAGCUGUGGCAGCCCAGCCUCCAGCCUCCCAUGGACCUGAGCGGUCCCAGUCUCCAGCUGCCUCUGAUUGCUCAUCCUCAUCCUCUUCAGCCAGCCUGCCCUCCUCUGGCAGGAGCAACCUGGGCAGUCACCAGCUCCCCCGAGGCUACAUCCCCAUCCCAGUGAUACACGAGCAGAACAUCACCCGACCAGUAGCCCAGCCCGCUUUUCAUCAAGCCCAGAAGACCCACUACCCAGCUCAGCAGGGUGAAUACCAGACCCACCAGCCUGUGUACCACAAGAUCCAGGGUGAUGACUGGGAGCCCCGGCCCCCACGGGCAGCAUCCCCAUUCAGGUCACCCAUCCGGGGUGCAUCAAGCCGGGAGGGUUCGCCGGCCAGAGGCAGCACGCCGGUGCACUCGCCGUCGCCCCUCCGUGUACACACCGUAGUCGACAGGCCUCAGCAGCUUAUGACCCAUCGAGACUCUCCGUCUGUUCCCCAACCUGAAAACAAACCAGAAAGUAAGCCAGGCCCGGUUGGACCAGAUCUCCUUCCUGGACACGUUCCAAUUCAAGUGAUCCGCAAGGAGGCAGAUUCUAAACCUGUUUCCCAGAAGCCUCCACCUCCCACGGAGAAGGUGGAAGUCAAGGUUCCACCUGCUCCAGUUCUUUGUCCUUCUCCCAGCGCCGGCCCUUCUCCUGUCCCCUCUUCCCCCAAGAACGUCGCUGCAGAAGAGAAGGCAGCCCCCAGCACUGCUGCUGCAGAAGCCACACCCCCAAAACCAGGAGAUGCCGAGGCUCCCCCAAAACAUCCCGGUGUGUUGCAAGUCGAAGCCAUCUUGGAGAAGGUGCAAGGGUUGGAGCAGGCUGUAGACAACUUCGAAGGCAAGAAGACUGACAAAAAGUACCUGACGAUUGAAGAGUAUUUGACCAAAGAACUGCUGGCCCUGGAUUCAGUGGACCCUGAAGGACGAGCUGAUGUGCGUCAGGCCAGGAGAGAUGGUGUCAGAAAGGUUCAGACCAUCUUGGAGAAACUCGAACAGAAAGCAGUGGAUGUCCCGGGUCAAGUCCAGGUCUAUGAACUCCAGCCCAGUAGCCUUGAAGCCGACCAGCCGCUGCAGGCAAUCAUGGAGAUGGGUGCCUCGGCAGCACACAAGGGGAAGAAGAGUGCCGGGCAUGGAGAAGAUCCCCAAACGGAAACCCAGCAGCCAGAAGCCAAAGCAGCAGCAACUUCAAACCCCAGCAGCACGACAGACACUGCUGGUAACCCAGCAGCACCAUAGUCUCUGCCCAAUAAAAAUCAGACUUGUUGGUAAGAAGAGCUGGUUGGAAAAAAAAAAUCCGAUUCAGAGACUUGGAACAGAUGUGUGCUUUAGGGAAUUUUAAGUUGCAUGCAUUUCAGGGACUUUAAGUCAGUUGGUUUUUAUUAUUCAUAGCCGCUUGGUACGCAGUGACUUGGGUGGAGGCAAAAAACUAAUAAAAGGGCUAAAAGGACAAUGAUGCUUUUCUUCCAUAUUCUUACUCUGUACAAAUAAAGAAGUUGUUUGUUGUUUCAGAAGUUUAACCCCCAUUGCUUGUUGUUUUUGGGCCCUCUGUGCAUGGGCACCACGUUAGCCAUGGUUGUGAGCUAUCUUCCCGCAGCUCUGGACAGAAGGAGGUUUUGGGGGGUUGAUGAGGAGUCAAUAUCCUAUCACAUAAAAAUAUGAAACCCAUUUUUCAGAAAUGUUGCCAUUUUAAUGGGAUUACUUUCUUCAACUCAUAAUUAAAAUACCUAACUUUAAAUAGAAUAAAAUGUGUAAGGAGCCAUAGGAAUAUCUGUAUGUUGGAUGACUUUAAUGCUACACUCUACAAAAAGAAAAAUAAAGUAACAAUACAACUCAAAA